CUCAAGUGUUACACUAGGCACGUAUCCUCAUCAUUGGGCAUUGCCAUUCUUCUCGUUGCCAUUGCAAUUCCCAUGCAUCUUCUCCCAAGCGCUCCUCUUCAUCCAAAUCUCCCCAAUCGGACAACCAUCCUUCUCAACACAGACCCAAUCGCCAAUACCAUGCUCCUCUCCAGCACGCCUCACCCCUCUCCCACCACCACCAAUGAUCAAAUUUCCUGGCCGAUAUUUCUCGUGUGCCUUCAUGCGGCGGAUCACACUGCCAUGGAUACGGGCAUCCUCAGGAAUGUCACGAACUUCCCCGCAGGGGAGGGGCCAGCGAAUGGGCUUCCAAGAGCCAUCUUCUUGAAGGUCCAUACGGCGGAAGGGGAGAUACCUGGGAGGGCAACUGUUAGCCGGCCGGCAUACACGGUAAGGCAGAAAAUAGUGGCUACGUACUCCAUAAUCUUCCAAGCUAACACUGAAGUCUUGCUCAGCCCGCAAUCAAACUCGAGGGAGUCGUGAAUUCGAGCCGUGUGCGCUUUGUGCAUCAUUUCUCGGAACGACGAAGGCUUCUGCUGCCCGCUGCAGUCACCCUCCUUCUCGCCCGACUUUUUGGCACCACUGCCCCCGUCGUUGGUCUGAGAAAAUGAGUCCUUGAAGCUGGAUUGCUGGAACAACUUGGGUGUACUCAUACUCGAACUGCGGAUCAUGAUGUUUGGAAUCGGUGGGUUGGGCUCGCCCGAGGUCUCGUGAGGGGCAAUCUCGUCAUUGAGGGGCUGUUCCUGUCCUGCCGACGGCGGCCUAUAUCCAUGAUCCUCGGUGUCGGACUCGUCGUGGUCAUGGAGAGCCUCGACGCAACCCAUCUCGCGGACCUUCUCCUCGUCAAACAUCAGGCCUGCCUUGAUCGCUUCGUGGACCAUCCAGACCAAGGGAACGUGGCUGGCGACUUUGGAGUCCUCAAAGGUUUCUUCCCACCCACCACCAAUAUCCGCAUGGCCUCCUGAGAACCACACUUCGUCGAUGUCCUGAUGGCUUUCCUCCUCGUCGCUUUCCUCACUCUCGGCAAAUGAUUCGGCGUCCUCCAGAUGAGGAUGGGGCUCGAUUGAUACCUCGGAUUUGACGUCGUUCUCCGUCGGGCGCGCCGAAGCCUCGGUCUUGUUGGUGUGCCGUGAUCGUGUCGAGUGGGAGCGCCUGCGAUAUGGCUCUGGAUCCGUGGGCACGCCCAACGUGGGCCGUCGCCCUCUGUCGUCCUGGCUCUGUUUACCUUGGUGGGCGGGAGCGGCAGCGGAUUUUCGUCUGUACUUCUCGUGGAGAUUGUGGAGACCAUCGGACACUGGGUGAUGGUGGUGCUGCUUCUUGCCGCUCUUGCUCUGGUACACCAAGUCCUGCCGGAACUUGGCGCGGCGCUCAUCAAUACUCACGGCGUGACGGACAACCUUUGCCGAGGUGCGCGCCGUGUAAGGAAACUUGCUCCUUUGCAUCCAGGCUGCCUCAAACUGAGGUACACUGUUGACUGUGUCGAAGAGGCCGAGAAAGCGGAUGCGGCGGACAGGGCGGGAGAAGGUCUCACGAAAUCCCUUCAUGAAGGUGUACAUCUCCCUCUUCUUCUGGUUCCCUUCUGGAGUGUUGUCUCCCUGCCUGCUCUGCCAGUUGGAGAAGGCUUUCCACGCAAACACCACCAUCUCCUCGUUACCGUGCGACAGCAGCCCGACAUAAUCCAACAUCUCGGCCAAGAAUCGCGCAAUGUACGCCCCACGCGAGAAGCCAAAGAUGUAGAUCUCAUCUCCAGGGUUGUAGAACCUCAUCAGGAACCGAUAGCCUCCCACAACAUGAUGAUCGAACGAGGACCCAAUGGCACUGUCUUUGGCUUUCAUGUACCAAGACUUGAUACGCGCCACCGUUCCCGUGCGAGUCAAGCUGCUUGAGACAACAUAGGUGCCAAUUCCGGCUUCAGGAUACAGUUUAGUACGACGCCCUACAACACAAUGUAACACAAUUCUUUGUCACUCACGUUGAUAAUAAUGAACUAAUCAGAUUGUCAGCACUCCAGUCAGAUAAUAGACGGUAUCGAAAUACUUACAUUGAUCCCUCGCUGUCCUGUCGAGCAUUCGAAAUAUCUUCAAAAUGUUGCUGUCGCUGUCGUCGCCAUGGAACUUAUUGCCUGUGCCAUCGAAGCACAAUACAAUCUUGCUCGGCUUCCGGUGGCGAGACUGAUGGUCUCUGUCUGGACCCAUUGGAGUGACAGGACGAGAUGGCAGAUGUGUUGAGAAAAAGUCUUCGUGUGCGUCAAUGUGGGACUCCCGAUCUGGACUGGAGACUCUGACACGGUUACCCGGCCUCUCGGGCAUGAGGUGCGACUUAUCCAUUUCUCUACAAUGGGCUGACCUCACAAAAUUCCGACGCUGGGGGGGGUGACACAGAAAGUGAAUCAAGACGGCGCAAGAACCCGUGAUCGCAUCACCAAUGUUCUGGGACAACACCAGCAUUCCCUUUUUAUCAAUGCCACUUUCUCGAGGACCAAUCCACGACGCCAGCCUACCACCCCCUUCUGCAGGAUUCCGUCAUCUGAACGAGAGCCCCCGCUCUCUUGACACAUUCACCUCCCUUCAUGACUCUUUGAACCUCCCAAUCUUUUUCCCCGACGCACUGAUGCCGAUCGCUGUGAGAGGUGAGACACUCUGCGAGGAGAAACCAGUCGUCCUAUCAAAAAGGAGGCACUGAUGUCCACGAUGCUGGUUGUCGGCUCAUUUGCCAUUGGUCGAUGUGGCAGAAGGAUGGCAGGUCGGGCAUUAGUCCGUGGGUAGCGGUUCUUGAUGGCCUAUCACGACGAGAUGGGUAGUUAGAGUGCAGCAAUGACCCCGGCCUUCAGCUGCUAUGCGGUCUGCGCAAGGGGGCCGGAUGGGGAAGUCAGGACGCCGAACCACGGCGGCAAUUGCGGUCUUCAAGCCGAAGCAAACGGCUAUCAUUGGCUGGGUUUCAGCCUCUCCAUGCACCAGAUCGAUACUAAAAGCUUUUUCAAUCCCGGCCCGCACCUUGGGUGCUCGGAUCGUUCCCGGGAGGAGGAACGGUACGGCGAUCUUAGCGGAUCAUGGUGUCUUGGGCUCGACGCUAAACCGUCUUGGACAGCGAUAAUCACCUUGGAGCGGGCUUGGGUAGCGUCUUGAUCGACCACAGUGACCCGCCGUCCCACAAGGUCACCCUCGUCGGUAAUUGGCAGAUGCACAACCCUGCAGCCAUUUCGACGACCUCACUUGAGUGGCAUGGCCUGUCUUCCCCUAUCCACCACUCAUCGGCCAUCAAUGUACACCAACUAUUAGUAAUGGUAUUCCACGGUCCAUUGGCAGAGGUCAAAGUUCCCCAGCCAUUUGCUGUCACCGCCUGGGACCAAGAGCUACCGUUCCCCUGGGCGACACGUCGGUCGGCACAACAAUCACCAUGUAGGUAGUGUAGAACUUUGAUAUGCGGUACUUCGUUAAGGGUCUCUUGUGCUGCAAGGUUGAUGUCCGCGUCUGGGUUGAACCCCUUCAAGCCACUCUGAAUUCGGCGAGCACCCGAGUGCUGUGCACCUGAAUAGGUUGGCCAGAUAACUCCCCUGUGGUUCAAGUCAAGCCACCAAGCAAGCCCGGCGGGGUUUGUCUCACCUGAAGAUUUCCCUUUUCCAACCAUUCGAUCUCCAAGACAAAAAAAGUGCGCGAGAGGCGGCAUGGGGGGGCGGGUCGAUCCCAGCUAGGGUGACAUCACACAACACAGUCUCACGAGCUCAGGGAGACCGGGCCUCUCCUCGAGCUCUCGACAUCCCUUCUUAACCGGCCUGUCUGCAGCACUCUGUGCUUCCAUUGCUUCAUCUCACAUCUCCUCAUGACGUUUGGGAAAGCCACCAUUGUUAUCAAUCCCAUCAAUUACUUUUGUUGUUUCAUUUUUAUACCCAUUAUACCCCUUCUUACAAGCUUUCAUCAUGUCAGAUUACAACGGCAACGGGCACAAGGCCUCGAACGGCACGGGAGUUACUGCUCUCAAUGGCUCAAGCUCGAGCCACGGGAGCUCGUCUGCCCACCAAUCACGCGAGGGAAUGGAACUUGUCGCCAGUCAAGCAAAGCCAAGGCCUACUCCUCUUGAUUUGAAGCCCACGGGUGCAAACAGAGCUGGCGUUGCCAAUGCCUUUGAGCGGUAUGGCCAAGUGAUGCAGUCAUCAGUUGCUCCGUUGCCAAAUCAGCAUGGUGCCGACACAUUCAGCCGAUCGAAGAAAUGGGGCAAACUCAGAGAUGAUGUCAAGCAACUGCGGCUUGCUGACUACAAGACCCUUCUUGGUGUGGUCAAGGCCAAGGUCAAGGGCGAGAAGAUCAAGGAUGACAAGACUAUGGCCAUGGAAAAGGUCAUCCAGCUUGUUUCCAACUUGCCUAGCAACUCCAAGACACGCACAGAGCUCACCAACUCGUUUUUGAGCGAGCUGUGGUACACCCUUGAGCAUCCCCCUUCGAUGUAUGUGGGUGAGAAGUUCCAAUAUCGCCAGGCUGAUGGGUCAUAUAAUAAUGUUAUGUUUCCCCAGCUUGGUGCCGCUGGCACUUCGUACUCCAGAUCGGUGGCUGCCAAUGUCGUUCGGCAGGGCGCUCUUCCAGACCCCAAUCUCAUCUUCGAGUCAGUCAUGAAGCGGACGGAGUACACAGAACAUCCGAACAAUGUCUCUAGCAUUCUGUGGUACUGGGCCAGUAUCAUCAUUCACGAUCUGUUCUGGACAGACUACAGGGACAUGAGCAAGUCCAAGACCUCUUCGUACCUGGACCUGUCUCCUCUGUACGGCAGCAACCAGGACAUGCAGGACACCAUCCGCACCUUCAAGGACGGCAAGAUCAAGCCUGACUGCUUUGCUGACAAGCGCCUCCUGGGCAUGCCACCCGGUGUCGGUGUGUUUUUGAUCAUGUUCAACCGCGUUCACAACCAUGUGGCUGAGAACUUGGCCCGCAUCAACGAGGAUGGCAGGUUUUCUCCCCCCAGCCCCAACCUUGAGGGCGAGAAGAAGGAGGCUGCGUGGAAGAAGUACGACAAUGACCUGUUCCAGCAUGCUCGGUUGAUCACCUCUGGUCUAUACAUCAACAUCACACUGCUGGAUUACGUCCGAAACAUUGUCAACCUCAACCGUGUUGAUACCACCUGGACUCUUGACCCCCGUGUCGAGACUGGCAUAAACGUUGACACCAAGGAGGGUGCCGAGCGUGGUACCGGCAACGUGUGCUCGGCCGAGUUCAACCUCUGCUACCGCUGGCACUCGUGCAUCUCGGCCAAGGAUGACAAGUGGAUUCAGGAUUUCUACUAUGAUCUCUUCAAGAAGCCGGGCAAGGACCUCUCUAUUCAUGAGCUCAUCAUGGGCUUCGGCAAAUUCGAGGGCAUGAUCCCAGAUGACCCUGCGGAGCGUCCCUUCAACAAGUUCCAGAGAGGGCCGGAUGGCAAGUUCAACGACGAUGACCUUGUCAACUGCAUCUCAGACGCCAUUGAGGACCCCGCUGGAUCUUUUGGCGCCCGCAACGUGCCCGAGUCGAUGCGGGCGGUUGAGAUUCUCGGGAUCAUUCAAGGCCGCAGAUGGAAUGUUGCUGGCUUGAACGAAUUCCGCAAGCACUUCGGCCUGAAGCCCUACGAGAAGUUCGAGGACAUCAACUCCGACCCGGGUGUUGCUGAGUCUCUUCGUCGCCUGUAUGAUCACCCCGACUUUGUGGAGCUGUACCCUGGUCUCGUGGCGGAGGAGAGGAAGGAGCCCAUGGUUCCUGGUGUCGGCAUUGCGCCUACCUACACCAUCUCCCGUGUCGUCUUGUCGGAUGCUGUGUGUCUGGUGAGAGGUGACCGCCACUACACCAUCGACUACACGCCACGAAACCUCACCAACUGGGGUUUCAACGAAGUCCAGUAUGACUUGAACAUCAACCACGGUUGCGUCUUUUACAAGCUCUUCCUCCGGGCUUUCCCCAACCACUUCAAGUACAACUCGGUCUACGCGCACUACCCCAUGGUGACCCCGUCGGAGAACAGCAAGAUUCUCAAGGACCUCAAGCGCGCUCAUCUCUUUGACUUCUCCCGGCCAGGCAGGAUCGCCACACCCACCGAGGUCACCUCGUACGAUGGUGCCCAGCGCAUCUUUGCUGCUGAGGACAAGUUCAAGAGCACCUGGAAUGCUGGUGUCGCUGGCAUCCGCGCCAAGGCGAGCCCUGAGCUUUCUGGCGAUGCUGCUGUCCACGACAGGCACCGCACCACUGCAUCUCGGUCGCUGUUCACCCCUGAGCUGGGCACCCAGAUCAAGGCUUUCUACGAGAGCUUGACCGACAAACUGCUCACCACCAAGAGCUACACUUUGGUACCCGGCAGCAAGUUUGCUGACCUCGUCCGCGACAUUGCCAAUAUCGUGCCAACCCACUUUGCCGCCAGUGUCUUCGGCCUUCCGUUGACAACCAAGGAAAACAGCAAGGGCAUCUACACCGAGCACGAGCUUUAUGCCGUUCUCCAGAUCAUCGCCUCUGCCCUCUUCGUCGACUCGGAGCCUGUUAAACUCUUCCCUGUGGUAGAAGCAGCCAAGACGGUCGCUGGUCAGCUCAGCACCCUCGUCGACAAGACGGUCAAGAGCCCCAAGGCAGCCAAGAACAGCGUCCUCAACACCUUCGGCGUCAAUUUUAUCAAGGAGCUUAAGAAGGCCGGUUUGGCCACGCACGACAUCACUUGGAACCAUGUCCUCCCCGCCGCUGCGGCCCUCGCCUCGAGCCAAGGGGAGCUGUUCACGCAGGCAGUGGAUUACUACCUCUCCCCCGAGGGUGCCGCGCACGUAGCGGACAUUACAGCCAUUGCCUCCCAGCCGUCAUCUUCCCAGAACGACGCUCUCCUCUUGGGUUACGUCCUGGAAGGCAUCCGCCUGUCAGGUUCAGCUCGGUCUCACUUUGAAGCCACAACCGCCGGCACUGUCACGGCGUCCAAUGGCACGGAGCUGCACAUCCAGCCCGGCAGCAAGGUUACCAUCAACUCUUCAACCGCCUCCCGCGACGCAGCUUACUUCCCCGAGCCAGAAACCGUCAACCCCCGCCGUCCACUGGACAAGUACAUCCACUUUGACGCCGGUCCCCACGCCUUCCUGGGCAAGGAGAUCAGCCAGAUUGCCCUCACAGAGAUGUUCCGUGCUCUGUUCAAGAGGAAGAAUGUCCGGCGCGCGCCUGGUCCGCAGGGAGAGCUAAAGAAGGUGCCGAGGCCGGAUGGGAACGGGGUGGAUUACCUCAGGGAGGACUGGGGUGCUUUGACGCUCUUCCCUGUUACCAUGAAGGUGAUGUGGGAUGAUGUUUAGAGAAUGGAAAUGCGUUUUAGUGAUGGGGAGGAGGACGUAAUAGGUUAUGCACCCAGCCUGUCAUUUCCAGGAAAAUCCAACGCAGAUUUCGGAUGUCAUAUUGCCAAAGGCUGAGGAAGAUUCCUCUCCCUCUCUUCUACACUACACCCCUCAGUCUUCCAAUAAACCCAAAGCAUAUAAGCGUCGACAGAAAAUAAAAAUCGAAAAUAAAACGGGCUGUAAAAAGAUAUAGGUACGUCGGUACAUCGAGGUUGUUAAUUUAAGCUCCUAGGUGGAAUUACAAAGUAUAGCUCUUUACAUUUCUGGACACUUACUACUCCAAUCUUUGUUGCCGAAAUCAUGAUUAUCUAUAUGCCAUCGCAAGGAAUACGUUUUGCUGAGGAUUCAGCUAAA